UGGUCCUGUCAAAAGCAGCCGAUCAUUUCUCCAUGAUUUCUCUCGCAGUCCGUUCUUCCUGGUUCUUCCAUUCCUGAUCACAUUUUCUAUUGCAGUGGUUGUUUGCAUUCAUAUACUUAUGGUAUAGGUUCUACAUAAUCAAUUUUCACAAAUUACUGCUCAGUAUCAGUCUGAAAGCUGCGAGCAAGGGAAGAAUGGCUGUCCCAUAACCUUAUAAAUCAUAAACAAUGGUUGGUGUUUUCAAAUGGUUUGCUCUUCUUAAAGCUGUUCGAUGCUAUGUUUGAAAAGGACAAAAUUAAACGAAAGUGGAAGGUUCAGUUCAUCGGCUAAUAUGAUGAAUCCGUAGAGUUCAUGGGAUAAUAUGAUGAAUCCAUAAUGCACUUGAAAGUUGACGUUAUAACAAAGUUUUAAUGCUGGCCAAUCGAGCACCAAAGGCUGUUCAAUUUCUCAAAUGGUUCACUAUUGCUCAGUCCCACAAUGUAAUGGCAAAUGGAGUAGUACUUCUAACCUUCUGAGAUUUCAUGGAUUCCCAAAGGAUGAAGACAUAAGCAAGCUGUGGCAAAGGGCAAUAGGAUGUCUUGUACCACCCACUAAUUCAAUGAAGGUAUGCAGCAAGCAUUUCAAAGCGAUUGAUUACCAGACAGUAUUGCCAGGGUGCAAGCGUCUGAAAAGAUAUGCUGUUCCAUCUUUAUUUUUACCUACGAAGGUUGAUGCCUUUUCACAAACCAACAGCAAUGUUGAUACAGUUAGAGUGUCAUCAAGGAACCAUAGUUCUCCAAACGAAGUGGGGAGUGAGUCCCACAGACAGCUCACGUAUGCUUCCAAGCCUCUACAAUCUGCUACUGAAAUUCUACCAGCCUCAGAGGAAAGCACCUGGGUGAAAGUGGAAGUAAAAGAAGAAUUGAACUUGAGCCCUUCAAUGCAUUUCAGUCAUAAAGAGUGGUCUAACAUGUUGAAUGAUUCUGAAUUCUACUAUCUUAGCGGCAUUUCCAAAAAUUGCUUUCAAAGUCUUUUUGUCAUUUUGACUGGGGAACCGCUUACUCUACCCUCUUGUAAUAUGGCUGCGCAGGAGCAGUUGUUACUAACUUUGUGCAAGUAUAAGCACAAUUUUCCAUACCCUUUUCUAAGCAUAUUUUUCAAAAUGGAACAGAGUGAUGCUCUUGCUGUGUUUUCAUUUUGGACUUAUCAUAUGUUCAAAACAUUGAAAUUAUAUUUUGGGAUGGCAUUAAAGGCCGAUAGCAAAGAUAACCAAUCUCAAUCUGUCACAGUAGGUGUUGUAAAAGUGCCUGUAUUGCAGUCCCACUGGGAUCGUCAUACUGGCUGUGGGAAAAGUUAUAGUCUCAAGUCACUUGUAGUGGUAGAUGAUGAGAGUCAAUCUGUAGUGCUCUGUUCUAAGCUAUACGGGAAAUUAACAAGUAAUGAUUUAAUUUUGCAUGAGAUGGAAUUUCAGCAGUGUUUCACUCCAAGCACAUCCAUUACAUUACAGGGGCCUUUAAAAGGAUCAGCAUUUGUGUUGGAUGGAAAAUAUCGUGUAAGUUUAUCAGAGAAUGCACAACAAUGUCUGUGCAGUGAGGGAGGAGAAUCCACCAUGUGCCUGCUCUCAUCUUUUCUGCUUAAUAAAUGUUUUCAAUGUCUUAUGGAAGUUCACAAAAUUUUAUCUGAUGGCAUCCCACCCAAUCUCUUAACUAUGUCAUCAGAAAUUUUCUUCAAUUGCAUGAUGCUGUUUAACUUUGCAAAAUGAAAAAACAAAUUUUAUUUAUAAUUCAUUUUUUCCCUGAGAUUUUGUGUUUAAUAGCUCACGGAUGUCAAAAAGUACCGAAUGGUCAAAUUUUAUUUGUUUUGUAUAACGUGGGUGAGAUGUGUUCUUUUACUUGCAAGUAGGCUUUAAAAAAGUCUUAGGAAGAUGGAACUUUGCCUGAUUGUGAUGUCCAUUGUCCAUGUUGAACGGUUUCUUGGAAUAGUACCACUUUAGUGGUUUUCAGAGCGCUAGGUAAAAAUCUUCCAGUGUCUUUCAUUGAGACGGAAAGUCUUGAAUUUUUGGGGGGGUUAUCCUUACGAUGUACUCAAAAGAUGUUAGUGAGGAAAUUUUCAAUUUCAACUCUGGUUCUAAGUUAGAUAUUUUUAAAUUUUGAUAAGUUUAAAAAGUGAAUUUUUUGCCUUAUUUCCAAACUUCUUUGUAUCUGUAGGCAGCAGUAGGGCUCUUAUUGAGAAAUCCUCAAGAAAAUUUGCCAACAAAUCAUCAAAGAAAAUAUUCCAUGUAAGAUGACUCAUGUAUGUGUCAACCAGGAACGCAUGAAGUCUUCUAGGACAACAUUUUUUGUUGACUGAGUAAAGCACUGCAGUCGAGUGCAUAAGCUAACGACAACUGAUCGCAAUGUCAUUUCUUUCUAAAUGAUAAAGAAACUACCCACUUAGCUUAAAGGUGUUCAACCUGUUGCAUCUGAAACCUUCUAUGCACAUUCUUAGCUAAGAACUUUAAUUUAAAAUACUGCAUUUGUCAAUUUUGGCCAUUUUUCCACCAGGGUCUUAGUUGUUCUUAAACUGCAUCACAAUAUCUCAGAGGUCCUCAUCCCUACAAAGGAAUUCUGUGACACACAACAAACUUUGGAACAUAAGAUUUUACUCUAAUAAGUUAGAUGAUUUGGUACAUUAAAUUCUUAUAGUAAUUUGUCUCUUAGACGGUAAGAUAAAUACUAGUAAAAUGGUAGGCAUAUCCACGUUCAUAUGCCAGAAGAUAAAGCUUGGGAACACUUAGGUUUGCCACAAAGUAAUUUGGAAGAAACGAUUGAAAGCUACAAAAAUCUCCUUCGCUUGAAAACUUAUGUGAGUUGAGCCAGCUCUUAAGGUAAAAAAUCAAUUGUGGGUCACAAAUCAGUUGUGAGCCAUUGUUUUGACGGGCUGCUACAAUUCCAUGGAAGAGCGAAUCAAUUUCAAUUUCGGUAUGGGUCUUCCCUCAACUCCAACAAGAACUUUGGAUAUGAGUUAACUAAUGAAGUGUAACUUCUGCCUCAAAUAUUUACUAUUAAACCAAAAAGAACUACAGA